CUCUCUCUCUUCUCUCUCUCACUCUUCCUCUUUCCCUCGCCGGUCCGGCAGCGGUAGGCGUUCGGCGUGCACGGCAGGCGUUCGGCGUCGUGGGACGCGGAGGCGGCGGCGGCGUUCCUCAUGUCGCCCGCCACGUCGAUCUGGGCAUUCCUCUCGCUGGUUCCAUGGCGCGCUGAUGCUGGGGCUGGCCAUCCCCAAUAGGCCGCCGCUCGGCACGGCGCUCGGUGAGAAGAUCGAGGCGAUGGUGUCCGGCCUGAUCCUGCCGCUCUACUACGCCAUGACCGGGAUCAGCACCGACGUGUGGCACAUGCACUGGGGCUGCAGCUCGUCAUGUUCCUCGCCUGGGUCGGGAAGCUCGUCGGCGUCAUGGUGUCGCCGACCUUACUACCUUGAGAUCCCCCUCCGCGACGCCGUCUCGCUCAGCCUCUUCAUGAACUCUAAGGGCAUCGUCGAGGUCAUCACCUUCAACUUCUUCUUGACCAACAAGCUCAUCGGCAAGAACACGUUCAGCAUCCUGAUAUGCUUGUCAGUGGCCAUCACGGCGGUGUUGGUGCCGGUGGCCAUCACGUUCAGAAUCCUCGUCGUCGUCGCCUUGUUGUCUCAGGGUCCUCCGCCGCCGGCGCUUGUUACCGCGUCCGCCCCUAGGCCCGCCUGGGGGUCCUCCACCGCCGGCGCCCGCCGCCGCGUCGCCUGCGGUAGCCGCCAGCGCCCUCCACCGCGUCGCCGCCAAGGCCCGUCUCCGGUAGCCACUAGUCAGCCGCCAGAUUCGGCGGUCGGGGAGGGGAGGAGACCGCGCGCCUACGACGAGGAGGAGGAGCCCGCGGUGGCGGCGGUGUCCCACCGCGCGUCCCCGCGCGCCACCGCCGAGGAGGAGCACACCGCCCACCGCGUGUCCCCGCUCGCCCGGUCGGCCUCCGCCUCCGUCGCCGGCCACCGUCGUCCUCGGGCCCCCUCCGCCACCCACAACUGGCUCCGCCCCCGCGCGUCGCCGUCCUCACCUCACCGCCGCCAUGCUCCUCCGCCGCCUCCGCCUCCACGCCGAUGUCCUGAGCACUGACGUCCGCGCCGCCGUCUGCGCCGCCCACGCCGACCACCGGUCCCUGCUCUGUCCUCGCCGACUGCCCGCGCCCACCUCCCGUCCUCGCCGUGCACACUGCACGAGAGAGAAAAGAGCGAGAGAGAGAAUAGAGAGAGAGGAAGAAAGUAUGACAGGUGGG